CUAGCAGUCAGCCAGGAGUGUGUGUCUUUCACAAGGGCGGUAGUAGUGCCAGACUUUGGUAGGUAGGCAGGCAUACUGAUUUGUGCACUCAGAUAAAACUGUUGGCAUGAGUUUUCUUUUAAUUAAGUUCUCCUGGAUUUUUCCAAGGCAUGACGUUAGAGAGAUGGACCUUCAGUCACUCGUUGUACAUGGGUUUGACACUUUAGGUAUAGGACAUUCUGAUCACAUCGACAGUGUUGAUGAGAUAAUCCACAGUGUUCUACCGAAGUGUUUUCUCAUUUGCCCGUGGUGGAUGGUAGAGUAUUCUCACGAACAGAGUUGAAACUGAGUUUGGGAGUCGUUUAGGACGGAGCCGACGCCACAUACACUCAAAUUCCUCUUUCUCUGGGUCAGUUCUUCUCUUUGCCUGCAUACUGUGGUUCACAUACAUAGCCACAUCCCCUCUCUGGACCUGUCAUUUCGGAACAGCUGAUAGUUAUAUAUGAAAAUAGAUUAAUCUGGGAUAUUUUCAUGGGCCCAAGUUUCAGUGACGCAUCCAAUGUCUGCAUUUACUGAUUUGAAGAAGCAGUUCAACUUCAUCCACUUUGUUUUUCAAUGAUCUUGGAUUACAAACAAGCACAUUCGGGGUCUCUGGGGCAUUCUGGGACGUCUUUGUGACGUCACGUAAUUCAGUUAGAAUUCUGCAUUCACGUGAGUGAUUGUGUUUUUGAUGUGUUUUAGGUCUGUUACCUUCUAUUGUCAGUAUUUUGCUCCCUCUGCCCUUACCAGCUGUAGUCCAUCUCACCCGGCUUUUUACGCGCAUUAUCCCGAAGCACUAAAGUUUGUCUCGGAUAUGCGGUGCCAGUGGAGGUGCAUGUUUUCGUCAAACCAUAGGAAAUGUGAUGAGUAUUCCACAACGUUUGUACAGUUCAUCGUUGUCAAAGUCAUGCUUAAUCCGUUAAAAGAGCAAGGAACAGUAUGCAGUGCGUCACAAAAAAAUGAAAAAACAACACAAACAUUGUAAUACGUGUUACUCUCGGGCGGCUGCCUGGAAGCCCCACAGCAUUGAACUACAUCAGUUCAAAACAAAAUUGUCACACUGCUACCUUAGAGUGCAUGCAACGCAAUGGACUUCUGCAACGGUAGCUAGCUACUCCAUAGUCCAAGCUACAGACAGAGCUAUCCCGUCCCCCUCCACCAUACCGGAGUCCCCUGGUCACAACUCUCCUGGUAGUGCCUUACUGCUGGGUCUGAAGAGGGUGUCUGUGUGGCUGGUCGACUGCAGGAAAACACCAGGGAAGAGUGGAACUGUGAGAGGACACGAGGAGGAGGGAGAUUUGAUUUCAUCAAGGGACACUCCUAACCGUCGUUCUCUCAGUGGCAGGUGCUUAUCAUCUGGGGAUUCUCAACCACAUGUUGCUGACGAGACAGAGAAGAGUCUUUCCAGAUCAGAACAUCUCAAGAAACAUCAGCAGAGAAGUACAGGGAAGAAACCUCACCACUGCUGUUCUGACUGUGGGAAGAGUUUCACAAGCCGGAGUGACUUCAUUAUUCACCAGCGGAUUCACACCGGAGAGAAACCAUACUGCUGCUCACAGUGUGGGAAGAGUUUCGCUGCUUCUAACACCUUAAAAUCUCAUCUGAGAAUUCAUACAGGAGAGAAACCUUACCCCUGCCUUGAUUGUGGGAAAAGCUUUUCGUAUUUGGGAGCCCUAAACAUACACAAGCUAACACACACUGGAGUGAAGCCUUAUAGCUGUGAUCAGUGUGGGAAAAGCUAUGCUGUAUCAGAAGCCCUAACUAUACACCAGUGCAUACACACAGGAGAGAAGUCUUAUAGCUGUGAUCAGUGUGGGAAGGGCUUCAGUCAAUCAGCGCCCCUAAAUUCACACCAACGAACACACACUGGAGAGAAACCUUAUAGCUGUGAUCAGUGUGGGAAGAACUUUGCUCUAGCUUCCUCCCUGACUAGACACCAUCGAACACACACUGGAGAGAGACCUUAUGUCUGUCUAUGUGGGAAGAGCUUUGCUCUAGCUUCCACCCUGACUACACACCAGCUAACACACACUGGAGAGAAGCCUUUUAGCUGUGAUCAGUGUGGGAAGAGCUUUGCUAUAGCUUCCUCCCUGACUAGACACCAUCGAACACACACUAGAGAGAAACCUUUUACCUGUGUUAAGUGUGGGAAGAGCUUCAGUCAAUCAGGGACCCUAAAUUCACACCAGCGAACACACACUGGAGAGAAGCCUUAUAGAUGUGUUCAGUGUGGCAAGAGCUUUGCUCAAUCAGUACACCUGAAUAUACACCAGAGAAAACACACAGGAGAGAAACCUUAUAGCUGUGAUCAGUGUGGGAAGAGCUUUGUGGUGUCAGAAAAACUUACUAUACACCAGCGCAUACACACAGGAGAGAAGCCUUAUAGCUGUGGUCAGUGUGGGAAGAGCUUCAGUCAAUCAGGGACCCUAAAUUCACACCAGCGAACACACACUGGAGUGAAACCCUAUGUUUGUCUAUGUGGGAAGAGCUUUGCUUAUUUAGGGCAAAUGAAAAAACACCAGAAAACAAAAACGUGCUGUAUUUCCUCUCCCUCCUACCUGUCACCGGUCCCAGAUCCCUAAAUAAAGGAUCAGUAUAAAAAAUCUA